ACACACACUUCGUUAAUGCACAACAACAACAAGUAAAUUGAAUCUCCCUAGUAAAAUUUCCUGAAUUACACACAGACACCCAUUUCGCUCACUCUCAAUUCGAAAUACACACACACACACACAUAAAUCAAAAGCAACAAAACUCAGAAAAUGUCGUCGUCGUUGAUUGCCCUCUCGAUUCUGGCUCUGGCUUUGAUGCUGCAUACUGCAUACGCCGCUGAAGCGGAAGCACAUCAUGUCAUACUCAAGCAUGAGGAAUAUCCCGGCAAGUGCGUUAUUCACUCAUCAAAUGGCAAGCUCGUGGUUAUCAACAGCGAUGAGACUAUCCGUUAUCCUGGCAAAUGCGCCGAGGUCUAUUGUGGCCGCAACAGUUGGGCCCUGAUCUAUACUUGCCCCAAGGAGUAUCCGCCCACGGACUGCGUAUUUGGUGAUUACGUUGAUAUAAAUGCUCCCUAUCCGGACUGCUGUCCACGCCAUAUUGACUGCAAUUCAAUCGAUUCUAAUUAUUAAGUCUUGUUUUCUAUUUUGGCUCAGUUUCAGAUUGUUUUGA